AUGGCAAAUAUUCUACUGAACACAGCAGAAUUGUCAAUGGCAGACCCUAUGGUUAAACAAGAAAUGAAGAGGCACGCAGUGAUCAUGGUUAUAAAGGCUGAGCUUAGCAAUUUAAAAAUAGCGCAAUUUUUAAAAGUUGCUAGAUCCUUCGUCUACAAAAUUCGCAAGGAGUUAGAGGCUAAAGAUGAAAAUGUAUCGUCAGCAUCAAAUCGUAAGAAACACCGAAGACGCACUGAUACUUUUAGAACACCAAAAUUUAUUCAACAAGUAAAGCAGACUAUUGAUGAAAAUUCCAGAAGAUCCAUGAGGUUGAUUGCAAAAGAACACCAUAUGUCAGAAGGAACAAUCCGAAAUGUUGUCCACAAAGACAUCAGAUACAAAUCUUAUGCGAUGAGAAAAGGUCAUUUCAUAUCAGAAACAGUGAAGGAAAAUCACUUAAUCAGAUCUAAAAGACACCCGAACAAACUUAAAAACCCAGCAGAGAAAGAUGUCAUUUCGUUCUUCUCAGACGAGAAAAACUUUGAUCAAGAUCAGAAAGUGAACAGAAGAAAUGACAGAUGGUUAUGUGCAGACCCUUCGGAAGUUCCAAGAGUAAUGCGUACAAAAUUUCCUGCAACUAAUCCCGGGGAUGCGGAUUAA